CUCAGGUGGUGUGAGUUAGCCAGCUGUAUAAUGAGGAAAAGGAAGUCUCCUGAAACCUGUCUUGGUGGCUUGGCAAUCAUUCGGGAUGCACUUCGAAGGAGCUGGGAAGCCUCUAAUUAAAUUCAGGCACUGCGAGAGGUCCAUCUACACCUUCAGUGUACCCCAAUGCUGCCCUCUCUGCCAGGGGGACGUGGGCUCCACCAGGAUAGAGGACGCACCUAUCAGCAUCUCAGAUCCAUUCUCCAACGGUCAUCAAGAGAAGUGCGCCUUCCUCCUCAAACCGACGCGAGGGACGUUCCUUAGGGAGUACGAUGGGAAGUCUGAUCUGCACGUUGGAAUCACUAACACACGCGGGGUCGUGUAUAAUUACAGUGCACGCGGCAUACAGCGAGACGAGGCAGGCUGGGAGCGAAGUCUCAGUGUUCCAUUAGUACAGCCUAGCAUGUUUGGACUGCUGGACCAGUGGGACAAGUACUUGGAAGACUUCUCUGCUUCGCUGGCCUGGCUGCCUCAUAGGUAUGAAGAGAAUCAGCACAACUGCCUGACCUUUGCCCUCGCCUUCAUUAACUGCAUCCUUGCCAUGGAAGGCAGAGAGCAGCUGGACAAGCACGCGUUCACAGAAAAGUACGUGAUCCCGAGGACGCGCCUGGCCUCCAAGUACAUCAUGCUCUUCAGGGCCAUCCAAGAGAGCGGCUUCCACGUGACUGACCAUCCCGACCCACGGACAAGCCCCUCUUAGGCAGACUGGACCAAAUGCUGCAUCUGAGGGCCGUUGAGACAGAACAGUUGGGUUUGUUGCCUUUAGACGGUAGUACAGAUUUAUAAAUGUAGCUCAGUGGGAGAACUAUCUGCCUAUCAUGUAAGAGACCUAGGUCCAGUCCCCUGUACCAUACCCCCAAUUUAAGGAAAAAAAAAUUCCCUGGGUUCCAAAAAAAAAAAAUCAUUACAACUAAAUUUCUUCAACAGUUAUGUUUUUUAAAAAAAAGAUUUAUUAAUUUAUUUUAUGUAUAUGAGUACACUGUAGCUGUACAGAUGGUUGUGAGCCUUCAUGUGGCUGGUUGUUGGGAAUUGAAUUUUAGGACCUCUGCUCACUCCGGUAAACCCCGCUCACUCUGGCUGACCCUGCUCACUCAGUCCCUGCUUGCUUUGGCCCAAAGAUUUAUUUUUUAUUAUAAGUAAGUCUACUGUCUGAAGACAGUAAGUAUCUGUCUGCAGACGCGCCAGAAGAGGGUGUCAGGUCUCGUUACAAGUGGUUGUGAGCCACCACGUGGUUGCUGGGAUCUGAACUCAGGACCUCUUGAGCAGUCAGUGCUCCCCAGUCCCAACAGCUGUGUUUUUAAGCUGAGAAUCUGCUAUAAUCAGAGUGGAAGAACAGUAUUCACUGAUCAAAGAAAAUACUUUGUGUCAAUGAAUUUGAACUGAGCACACUUACUUUUUGAUGUGAAUGAAAAGAGGGAGGGACCAGAGAGAGGAGAGUUAAGGGGGGGAUAGAGAAAGAGAGAGACAAAGACAGAGAGACAGAGACACAGAGAGACAGACAGACACAGGUUCUGAAAGUAUAUGGAUGUCUUAUGUCUGAGCCUGAAGACUCAUGGGAAGGCUGGGGACGAAGCCAAGUAGUAGAAAACCUAACCUUUGGAGUGUCAAGAAUACUAAACUAAACAAAACAGAAACAAAGGUCGCAGAGGCUGGAGAGAUGGCUUAGCCCUUAAGAGCAUCUGUUCCUCUUGCAGAGGACUUGGUUCAAUUCCCAGCUCUCACAUGGCAACUUCAGUUCCAGAGGAUACAGUGAGUGCCCUCUUCUGGCCUCUGUGGGCAUCAGGCACAUGGUGGAGACACACAAAGGCAAAAUACCCGUAUACAUUAAACAAUAAUAACUCAAAAUUAACCCCCUCCCCCUCAAGUAUAACAGAAGCGCCCUUGAAACUGUCCUUCACACACCUUCCUCUGCCUUCUAACAGAGAGGCCAGAACUCUAACUUACUUCAUUUUCUCUCUGGCUUGCUCUCUCUUAUGGGUUUUUCCCUUCCCUAGCUGAUCUCAAAUUCUAGGGAGAACAAACUGAAAGCAGGACACCCAACACCACACCACUGACAAGACACCCGAAGCCUCACGGCAGAGGACACCAGACACCUUAUCACAGGGCAUCCAACUGCACCCCCUCAGGUGAUAACAAUCUGAGGUAAUAGUGGCUAACCUGGCCCUUAGCCAUGGCUGCUUGGUGUAACUCUCUUGUCAGAAGAAGCCAUGAAGAAAAGAAGUACUGAAGACAAAGAAAGGAGUGGGGCUGAGGCGGCUGAGCUCCUCAGCUGAGCUGAGGCUACCUCCCCUGGGAGCUGCAAAGCCUCCGCUGAGGAGGCUUCCUCUCAAGAGCUGUGUGGUUUCUGAGCUCCCGUGUCUCAGAAUGCCCUUCCCUUGGGACACUGUCCCACAUCAGAGCUGUGUGGUUUCUGGGCUUCUGUGUUCUUUCCCUACUUAAGGUCCUAGACGUGUUCUUGAUGUUGGCCACACUGAAGUAAAUUCCCUUCCUGUCUUGACAC